CCUGUUACUUCUGUAGAGGUGAUUUGGCAACAUAGAACCCUAGUUAAACGUGGGAGUUGAGCUCGAUUAAACAGCAGCUGACUUCAACUCCACUAAAAUAAAAGUUUUGCCCACUGAAAACAGUCAUUUUACUGCAGUGACAUGGAGCACGGACAGCAAGUCUCGGGACUCCUGGGAAACGAGCCAGUUGAGGAAGUAGGGGAGGUCAUGGAGUCAGAGGUGGAUCUGCACAACACCAUAACAGAAGAAGAGAGAGAGGAAAUGCAAAACGAGCUGACCAAGCUGGAGGAUGAAAUUGCCACAUUGAAACAAGUUCUGGCCUCCAAAGAGAAGCAUCAUGCUGAGCUGAAGCACAGGCUGGGCAUGUCGACGUUAAGUGAGCUAAAACAGAACUUAAGCAGGAGCUGGAACGAUGUUCAGUCAAGCACAGUAUAUAAAAAGACCUCAGAGACCCUAAGCACAGCAGGUCAGAAGACCACAGCGGCUUUCAGCAACCUGGGAACGGCCAUCAGCAGAAAAUUAGGGGAUAUGAGGAACUUGCAGAGCUUUAAGUCGUUCGAGGACAAGGUUGAAACUACAGUUUCGAACAUUAAGUCGAAGGUUGGCGGGAAUGCUAGUGGAGGAAAUUUCGAGGAUGUGCUCUCAUCAGCAGCUCAGGCCAGUGCUCAGAACAAUGGCUCUUCAGCCUCCGCUAACAACCUGAGUGAAAACAACUAGUGCUAAUAAGACUGGACCAAAUAUGUUGAAAAAAAUCUACAGCCUACAUGACUACAAGACUGGAGAUGGAGCUCUGGUGCCCUUCUGUGGUCACAAGGAUACACUGCCUCUAUAGGAAAGACUUCCUGCAGUCCAGAAUGAAGUACCAGCCAUGACCAAACAUUUCACUUAAGCUAUUUUCUAAUGCUUUCUAAUGUCCCUAAACCAGUUCACCUUGGGAUAUCCUUCACUGAUUAAUGGUCAAGUGGGGUAUGUUUGAAAUUCAUUUGGAAUGACCAAAAUGUAGCCAGAAGCCUUAAACAAAUGGUGGACAAAACUGAUGAUUAAAUAAACCAGCAAUAUUAUCAAAAUAUAAUACUUGGUAUUGAUAUUGAUGCCUGAAAUGAACCUCAGUUAAUUUGUUUAGAUUUAAUAACUUAUUAGGUUUUUGUACAAGUUCAUACUGUACAUUUGGCUUCUUUUUUAAUUCAGCCCUUAAACCUAUGAAUUUUUUUUUUGUGCUUACUUCUUGAUUAUUUUUAAACAAGGAAUUCUGUCUUUCUGGUUCAGAGUUAUUAGUGUGACAAAAUGGCUAUUUUAAUGGUCUAGUCCAAUUGGCAGUAAAACCAACCUAAUACAAAAAUUCAGAGUCUUGGAUCUACGACAAAUCCAUGACAAACAUUAUAACAUUUGUUCCUGUGAUACAUUCUUAUUAAUGUACUAUUGAAGCAAUAUCCUGAAACCACAGGAAAUGAAAUAAACCCACAGCAUCCAAAUGUACCUGUCCACCAAAAUAACAUUAUAAACAAUUUCAAAUCAAGUCAUAUUUUAAGACUUUUAUUUAAAUCCUUGUUAAUAUUUUUUGUUAACUAUCCUUAUAUAAAAUAAAAUAUAAAAAUGAUGUGUCUGGGGAGGAAAAGAGGUCAUCUGUAAAUUUUCAUGUUGCGAGGACAUCGAUGUUGGGACACAUGACAGGGUCAUCAACCGUCCAGUCUACCAGUCAGUGGUUGUGGGUUUUGUUUGGGCUACCUUGAACAUGGCUAUGUUUUCAACUUAUUUGACUUUAUAUACAGUAUGAGAUGGAUCCAUAAGGUGGACUAGAAGAAGUGUUACACUGUUGAACUGAACUUCCAGCUGGAGAACGUUUCUGAUGCUUGGAUAAGACAUUUUGUCUUUUCAUCUGUUUCUUUUGUGCAUUAAAAAAAUAAAAUAUCCUUUUAUGCAUCCUGCAUAAAAAUGCAUGCAAUUGUGUUUGACCUGUGGCUCAUUAAACACUGGUGUUUCAUCCAAAUAAAAUUUCAGCUGAAGAUUAGAAAAAU